CAGCCUUAGUGUAGGGAUGUGAAGGGCCGGAGGUGUCGCGAUAGUUAGGUCCUCACCUCCUAGCGAGCGCGGUAACUAUGGCGGGCCUGGGGGUCCAGGCUGAGCAGGAGCCGCUCUUAGGCGACCGCACACCCGGAAGCAGAGAAUGGGAUAUUAUAGAAACUGAGGAGCAUUAUAAGAGCCGAUGGAGAUCUAUUAGGAUUCUGUAUCUUACUAUGUUUCUCAGCAGUGUAGGAUUUUCUAUUGUGAUAAUGUCAAUAUGGCCCUAUCUCCAAAAGAUUGACAGGACAGCUGAUACAAGUUUUUUGGGCUGGGUUAUUGCUUCAUUUAGUCUUGGCCAAAUGGUAGCUUCACCUAUAUUUGGUUUGUGGUCUAAUUAUAGACCAAGAAAAGAACCUCUCAUUGUCUCCAUCUUCAUUUCGGUGGCAGCCAACUGCCUCUAUGCGUAUGUGCACGUCCCAGCUUCUCAUAAUAAAUACUACAUGUUGGUUGCUCGUGGAUUGGUGGGAUUUGGAGCAGGAAAUGUGGCAGUUAUUAGAUCAUAUAUUGCUGGUGCUACUUCCCUUCAGGAAAGAACAAGUUCCAUGGCAAAUACAAGUGCAUGUCAAGCAUUAGGUUUUAUUCUAGGUCCAGUUUUUCAGACCUGUUUUGCACUCAUUGGAGAAAAGGGCGUGACAUGGGAGACUAUACAGCUUCAGAUAAACAUGUAUACAGCACCAGUUUUACUUGGCGCCUUCCUUGGAGUUUUAAAUAUUAUUCUGAUCAUUUUUAUAUUAAGAGAGCAUCGUGUGGAUGACUCAGGACGACAGUGUAAAAGUAUUAAUUUUGAAGAAGCAAGUACAGAUGAAAUUCAGAUUCCCCAGAGAAGUAUUGAUCAAGUGGCUGUAGUGACUACCAAUGUUCUGUUUUUCGUGGUCCUAUUUAUCUUUGCCCUUUUUGAAACCAUCCUUACUCCAUUAACAAUGGAUAUGUAUGCCUGGACUCGAGAACAAGCUGUAUUAUAUGAUGGAAUAAUACUUGCUGCUCUUGGAAUUGAGGCUGUUAUUAUUUUCAUGGGAAUUAAAUCACUUGCCAAAAAGAUUGGCGAGCGUGCUAUUCUACUGGGAGGACUUGUUAUCAUAUGGAUUGGCUUCUUUAUCUUGUUACCUUGGGGAAAUCAAUUUCCCAAGAUACAGUGGGAAGAUUUACAUAACCAUUCAAUUCCUAAUACCACAUUUGGGGAAAUUAUUAUUACUCUUUGGCGGUCUCCAAGAGAAGAUCGGAGUGAAGGACCAACUGGUUGCCCAAUUGAACAAGCCUGGUGCCUCUACACCCCCAUGAUCCAUCUAGCCCAGUUCCUCACAUCAGUUGUGCUAAUUGGCAUAGGCUAUCCAUCCUGCAAUGUUAUGUCAUAUACAUUAUAUUCAAAAAUUUUGGGACCAAAACCUCAGGGUGUGUACAUGGGCUGGUUAACAGCUUCUGGAAGUGCAGCACGGAUUCUUGGACCCGUGUUCAUCAGCCAAGUGUACACUUCCUGGGGCCCACGAUGGGCAUUCAGCCUUGUGUGUGGAAUAGUUGUGCUCACCAUCACACUCCUGGGAGUGGUUUACAGAAGACUCGUUGCUUUUUCUGUAAGACAUGGAAGGAGUCAAGAGGAACCUAGCUAACUAACACUGGGAUGCACAGUACUUGCUGCGUGGACUUCCUUUACUAAGGCUCUGCCAGACAGUUGCUAUGAGUCAGUUUCCAAAAGUCAGGCUUCGGGUAUUAUAUAUUUUGAAAAGCAAGAGAAUAUAUUGAAUAAUAUGGAAUUCUAUGAGUAACUGAAUAGUAAGAUAGUAUGAAAAAACAUUCUGGGUCAAUUUCUUUAUCUUAAAAAAGAAAUAUUCUUCACUCAGCACCUUUGGGGGUUACAUGAAUUCAUGAGUGAAUGAGCAAUGGUCUAUAAAUGGGAAACUAUUUUUUCUCUCCGAACUGCAGAGGUAUCACUUAAAACAAUGAGAGGAUAUCUAUGCAGUGGAACCACAGUAAAGUUCUAGAAGAAUUAUGUAUAACAGAAUGAAAUUAUAGCAACGGUUUACCUAAAUAGUAGAUAUCUUGACCAAAUCAAAGAUACCUACCUUUUAUUUAUUUAAAAUGCAUUUUCUAUUACUAUCAAGUUCCCUUAUGAAAUAAAUAUGACUCUUAAAUUUUCCACUUACUAUGCCUCCCAUUCUACCUUCUUUAAUUUAUUUUUAAUACACGUUCUGUCUUAUCUCACUAAAUAACUCUAAAUUAAUAGAUGAAUAUGGAUAAUGCUAAUAUUUAGUAAUAAAGAGGAUUAAGAGACCAGGAUGAAUUUUAAUACCUUUAGUAGAGUUAACUACUUUUUCUUCCAAGUGCUAAUAAGUAAUUUGCUUUGGAGACAUAAGCCAGGUAUGUGUUAUUGUGUAUGUGUUAUUAUAUACAUAUACUGAAACAAACAGUUUAUUAUAAUUAUUGGUAUUUUCAACUCCCUUAAAUUCUGGAGGAAAACUAUUACUUUACUUUUCCCACCACUUAUUAGUGACAAGGUAGACACAACAGUUUUCAGUCUAUGUCUGCACUGCUAUUCAGAUCUGCAUUAUUUUACAUUUGGAUGAGCCAUGACAGCCCCAAUCUAGUCAGGAUAAUAUUUGAAACAAAUGGCUUUAACCUAACACAGUUUACUGAGUUUACUUGAGUAUAUGGUCUCUAUGUAUACAUUUCUACCUCUACCUAAGCUGAAUGCUGAUAUAAGGAACUAUUAUAGAAAUAUGUAUGUGGAUAAUCAGAAUUACCAAAAAAAGUAAAGAUAUUUCAAAAUACUUUUACAAAUGUUUCCUACGCUAUAAAUAUUUUCAAAAUUGAGAGUAAAGACUAUAAUCUGCACUUUAUACUAAGUGUGUGGUACUGUUUUUUGUUUUGUUUUAUUUUUUGGCUUGACCAACAGAAAUUUAUUUCUCACAGUUCUAGAGGUUAGAUGUCCAAGAUCAAGGUGUUGGCAGGGUUAGUUUCUUCUUAGGCCUCUCUCCUUGACUUGUAGAUGGAUGUAUUCUUCCUAUGUCUUUUGUUUGUUUCCAGCUUUAUUGAGAUAUGACAUAUAGCAUUGUGUAAGUUUAAUGUAUACAACAUGUUGAUUUGAUACACUUAUAUAUUGUAAAAUUAACUACCAUAGCAUUAAUUGAUAUCUCUAUCACAGUGGUUCUCAACCUUGGCUGCACAUUAGAAUCACCUGGGAAUCUUUUUAAAAUCCUGAUUUAGAAUCAUCUGGGAAUCUUUUUAAAAUCCUGAUUUCUGGGCCUCAUCCUCCAGAAAUUCUGUUUCUUUGUUGUUACUAAUGUUGUGGCCCCACCCCAUAACAAAGAAACAGAAUAUCCGGAGGAUGAGGCCCAGAAAUCAGGAUUUUAAAAAGAUUCCCAAGUGAUUCUAAUGUGCAGCCAAGGUUGAGAACCACUGCUCUAUCACAUCACAUAAUUACCAUUUCCUUUUGGUGGUGAAACCAUUUAAGAUCUCUCGUAGCAACAUUUAAGUAUAUAAUACAGUAUUAUUAGCUAUAAUCACAAUGUAGUACUGCAGAUCCCCAGAACUUAAUCAUUUUGUAACAGGAAGUUUGUACUCUUUAACCAACAUCUCUAUGUUUCCUCCAUCCCAACACCCUGGAAACUAUCAUACCACUUUCUCCCUCUAAUAGUUCACCUCUUUAGAUUCCACAUAAAAUUCAUAUCAUACCAAGCUAGCAUAAUGCCCUCAGAGUCCAUCCCUGUCAUCAUGAAUGGCAGGAUCUCCUUUCUUAUAGCUGAAUAAUAUUAUGCACACACACACACACACACACACACACACACACAAAGAGGUGUGAGGUGAUACUCCACUGUGGCUUUGAUUUGCAUUUCCAUGAGGAUUAGUGAUGUGGAGCACCUUUUAACAUACCUGUUGGCCAUUUGUAUGUCUUCCUUGGACAAAUGUCUUUUCAGAUCUUCAGCCCAUUUUUAAAUUGGAUUGUUCUGUGUUUUUUGCUACUGAGGUUUGUUGUAUUCUUAAAUCCAACUUCUUUGGCUGUAAUAGAAGGCUUAAUCUGACAGAAAUCAUCCUGUGA